UCUGACAGACGUUUCACAACACUAGCACGAGCUCUUCGUUUGUUUUGUUCUCACAUUCGUGGAAGGAACAACGUGCACGAAACAUUCUAUUUAGGUUUAACAUUUAAAUUGAUAAAAUGCCGUCGAAAAUUAAGCCGAGACUCUCGCGUGGUGUCCUGGACAUGAAAUUCAUGCAGCGCACCAAAGUGAAGGUGGACAAGGAAGACGACGACGAGCAGAGUCGGGCACUGUACUCGAACGAAAUCAACGAGAAAAUGUUGAACUCCAAUUCCAACUUUAUCAUCGAGCCCAGCUAUACGAUUUGCGCUGGCCUCAUAGAUGGUCGUCUCAGUUUUCGCGGCAUGAAUCCGGACCUUGAGCUGCUUAUGGAACAGGAGAUGGCCCAAAAGCUCGGUAAAGUGAAACCCGAACAGCCCAAGGAGGUCUCCGACCAGGAAAUGGCCAAGGCGUACUACACCAACAAGGCGCCCAGUGUCGCCAGUAACAUGUCCAAGAAGUUUAGCACGAAGAACAACCUCAAGCGGAAGCAAGGAGGCAAUAACCAAAGGCAACAAAAGCCACAGUUCAAGAGACCUCGCGACGAAGACGACGAUUGAGCGCAGCCUUAGUUUAAUCAUGCUUUGACCUUCUUAGUUGUUACAUAGAUACUUAAUUUUAGUUAUCUUAAAUAUAUUAUGAUUUCAAUCCGA